AUGCAAACAUUAUUUUGUUUUCAAGAAACCCUAGAAGUGGUUACUAAUGGCAUCCAUGAGCUUGCUCAAAAUGAAAAUGAUGCUCAGAGAGUUACUCACAAGGAUGUGAAGAAGAAAGAUUGCAAGGUUAUGUUUUGUAUUCAAUCUGCAAUAGAUGUGGCGAGUUUUGAUCGGAUUUCUCAUGUUAAAUCGGUAAAGGAGGCAUGGGAUAUUCUUGUUAAGUAUUAUGAAGGCGGUGAGAAGAUUAAAGGUGUCAAGUUACAUGCACUACGAAGGCAUUAUGAUUUAUUGCAAAUGGGAGAAGAUGAAAAGAUUACAGGCUAUGUCUCGAAGGUGCAGAAUAUAGUUCAUCUCAUGAAAGAUUGUGGUGAAACCCUAACUGAUAAGAUGAUAAUUGAGAAGGUAAUGCGUAUGUUGACCUCUCACUUUGAUCAUGUUAUUGCAACUAUUCAAGAAUCCAAAAAUCUUGAACCCCUAAAAGUGGAAGAUUUGGUUGGUUCAUUAGAAACAAAUGAGUUACGGAUUGUCGAGAGGAAAAGGGUUCGAGAUUCGAUACAAGCACUGCAGGCGCAAACAUGUUGGUACAAGAAACACAAGGGAGCAACAAAAGGCAAGAAUAAAGGAGCAAAUCUUGCACAUCAAGAUUCAGAUGAUUAUGAAGAUAUGGUGGUUAUGGUUGCAAUUGUAGAUGAGCACGUUGACUCCAAGAUCUUGUUUCUUGAUGCAGGUUGCUCAAAUCACAUAAUUGGUAGAAAAGUGUGGCUAGAAGAUUUCGAUGAGUCGAAGAAGAGCAAGGUCAAAGUUGCAGAUAAUAACUCGAUGCAAGCAGAAGGUACUAGUAACACAAUUAUUCAAAGGAGCAACGAAGCAAAAGCUAUGAUCAAAGAUGUAUUUUAUGCACCUGGAGUGAAGUGUAAUUUGUUAAGUGUUGGACAACUGGUCAAAUUUUUUUCAAUGGUUAUGAAAGACGGAGCUUUGGAACUAUUCGACACUCAAAACAGUUUGGUCUUAAAGCCUCCUUUGUCGAAGAAUAGGACAUUUAAGACCAUGAUCAGUUCGACUAAGGUCACUCAAUCAACUGAUUUCUCAAGAUAUGGUAACCGGUAUACCAAGUCUUGUGAUGCCCGAUAA